UAACUAAUGGUAUGUUGUGUUUGGUUCCUCGCCUCAGGAGGGGGAGAGUGCUGCGAUGCCGCUCCAGCUCCCAAAGGGGAGCUGUGCACCUCGCACAGGCCGGGGGGGCGCCGGGCUCCGCUCCUUCGCCUCCCGCCGGCUGAACCCGGGCCCUUUACCGGGGCGGGGCUCCCCGGGGCCUCGGCACCGCCCGCCCGGGGCGGAGAAGCCGGCGGGGCGGGGAUCAGGGCCGGCGGCUCGGGGCCGUGCCCGGGGCUGCCGCCAUGCGCCGGGGGCUGCCCGCGCUCCGCGGCCUCCUCGGGGGCGGCUCCGCGGGGCGGCCGCUCCGGCUCCCGGCGCACAGCGGGCCCGAGCCGCCGGCUGAGGGCAGCGGGGGCGGCCAGCUCAACGUUCUGCCGUCCUUUGGGUUUCUUUUUGACAUUGAUGGUGUACUAGUACGAGGAAAGACUCCAAUACCUGCUGCAAAAUCGGCCUUUCAAAAGCUAGUUAAUUCUCAGGGACAAUUCUUGGUGCCUGUGGUAUUUGUCACCAAUGCAGGGAACUGCCUUCGCCAGAAAAAAGCUGAUCAGUUGUCUCAUAUACUGGGAGUUCCAGUUUCCCAAGACCAAGUGAUGAUGUCACACAGUCCUCUGCGGAUGUUCAAACGUUAUCAUGAAAAAUGUGUUCUUGUAUCUGGACAAGGACCGCUUCUGGAUAUUGCUCAAGACCUUGGUUUCAGUCAACCCAUCACCAUUGAAACAUUGCGGGAGAAAUACCCUUUGCUGGAUGUAGUUGACCAUGACAGAACACCUGAUGUUUUGUACCCCUCUGCUGUGGAGCUUCCCAAGAUUGAGGCUGUUGUCUUGUUUGGGGAGCCAGUCAGGUGGGAAACCAACCUUCAAUUGAUCAUAGAUGUUUUGCUGACAAGUGGCUAUCCUGGAAAUCCGUAUCACCAUGAAAAUUACCCUCAUAUACCUGUACUGGCUUGUAAUAUGGAUCUGAUGUGGGUAGCUGAAGCACAGUCUCCAAGGUUUGGGCAUGGAACAUUCAUGGUUUGUUUGGAAAACAUUUACAAGAAGAUCACUGGCAAAGAUCUGAAAUAUGAGGCCUUAAUGGGCAAGCCUAGUGAACUGACCUAUCAGUACGCAGAAUACCUUAUCAGGACUCAAGCAGCAGAAAGACAAUGGAAGCAACCUAUUCAAACUCUUUAUGCUGUUGGAGAUAAUCUCAUGACUGAUGUCUAUGGUGCUAACCUUUACAAUCGCUAUCUUGAAGAGAAGAACUCCAGAAAAGGUUCAAAAACACAGAUUCAGGCAAAAGUUGCUGGAGGCAGAGGGUCUGCUGCUCUCUCUCAGGAUGAUGAAAUAGACAACAGUUGGGAGAAUGAAUUGGCAUCUGCUGCUGCUACCCACUGUAGGUCUGUUCUCGUUUGUACUGGGGUUUAUAAUCCUCACACAGAGGCACCCUUGGAUACCAAGGAGAGCAUAACUGAAACAGUGUUCCAUGGCCACAGAGAUUUUAGGUUUGAUCCCGGUUUAGUAGAACCAGAUCAUAUUGUACCAGAUGUUAAUGCUGCUGUAGACCUGAUCUUCCAUCUGGAGAACUUUGCUCCUAAUUGAUACGACAAGAUUUCUUAAGGUCUACUCAGUGCUAUGCUCCUGCCCACCUCCCAAAUCCAACAGCGUGCUUUAAAAUCAUGCCACAAACUUUCUAAAGCAAGCUUUAUUUUUAUUUUUUUUUUUUUACUUUUUCAUUUAUAUAAACUUCUAUAAAUUUAUAUACAUAUAAGUAUAUAUGAGCACAGGUUAAUGUGCUAAAUAUACCUAAUAUAAAAUUAUAUACGUUAAAAAUCUGUGCUUAAUAUACUUAAUAUAAAAUUACUUAAGUAUAAAUCAUACUUUUAAAGUAUUGAAAAUAUGUAAUUUCUUGCUUUUGUUUCCCUUUAUUUUCAUCCUAUUUGUGUUUUUUUUUUGUUUGUUUGUUUUAAGCUAUUUUAGCUAUUUUAUCAUAAUAGCUUGUGUGUGUUACUGGUACUUAAAUUGCCAUGUGACAGUUCAUUUUUUUGUUUGCUGAAAGAUUUAGCUUCUAAUUUUUGGGGGUCUUUGUGAUGCUGGGGUUGUUCACACAAUUAGAAAUUGGUUGGUAAUGAGCACAGUAAUGCAGACUUCUCAGUAUUCUGCAAGUACUGUGCACUUUUUCAAAUAUGUUGCUUCAAAUAAAUGCUAAAUUCAAGUAUGUUCUGCCUCUUUGUACUCACAUGUAACCCCACAGUCUUUCUUCUUAUCUGUUUUUGCAGUAUGUCUGUGGCUGCAUUGCCUCUCUACUUUGACAUGUAAAUCUGUAAAAGAAAUGCCCAUAUAAGCUGAUGAAGGCUGAGUUGUUAAACACCAUUUUUAGAACUCCUGCAAAGCUGAACAGAAGAAAGGCAGCUAACAAUGGCUGUUCUGCAUGGCGUAAUAGCUGGCCUUUUUGUUGUUACCUUUUUAUUUGCACUUCUAUGGGAAUUUAGAAUUUAGAAAUUUAGAAAUUUUCAGGCAUUUCUCUCAGCUGGACUUCUCCACUGAAUGUGUGACUGUUAUUUGGGCAAAAAGUGCCUAGUAAUUUACUUGAAGCUUCAUACCACUGUGGUAGUUAACUGGCCUUUAGAUUAAUAUAUUUUCUUUGUGUCAAUGUCAUGUGUUUGGUUCACGGAUUUUAUAUCUGUUCAUUAAAAUAAGUAAUUUAUUUUACCUUAUUUUUGUAAAAUACUUUUAAACAUUUUAAUCCAAAAGAUAUCUUUGAAAAUAGUUCUAUUGGUUGUAACAGUGUAUUUGUGAGAUAAGUUAUGUCUGUCCUUUAUUGAUUGGCAAACAUAAAUCAAUUAAGUGUAUUUAAAAACAAAGUCAACUUACACAGAAAUCUGUGAAAUCUGUGGGUCUUCCAUUUUAGACAGGUGGUGGCAUGAAGAGAAAUGACUUCCUGGCCAACUUCUUCACUGUUUAUUAUUGUGAAUUCAAAAUCUGAAAGCUCUUCAUGUCAUGAAAAGAUCAAAAUUGUUACAAUGCAGUCAGGUUUAUCUUGUGUUUUUUCCAUGUGCAAAUCACUCUAGUCCCUCUCUCAACAAUCAAGAUUGUUGAUUCAUGUACUGGUAAUAUUUCAUAAGUAACUUUCAACAUACCUUGCAUGAUCCAGGCUUCUAAGUUUAAGGAAAGUGUUCCAAACUGUAUCUCCCUUUUUCUUCACUAGGGAAAUACUAUAGCUGCAUAUUCUUGCCUUUCUUAUUGUUUCAGCAAGUGAAUAUUUAUCUACUUCUUAAAGCACAUUUCUGUAAUAUGCCAACUAUUUGCAAAGUAUGCCAAAUUCUUCUAAGUAAAGAGUGUAGUUAUGGUUUUGUAAGAUGACAAGAUAACUGAAGAUGUGUUGUUUCAAUACUGAAGCAUGUUGCAGAGCUCUUUAUUAUUGGAAACAGUUUUAGACCAUCAGUAAAGCAAGAAAUAAAAAUGUGGAAGUUGAUGAAGA